CCGACUUCAUUGCAUCGCUGCUUUUUAGUGUGGACGCUCGUGUGGUUGAUCACAGCCUUUGUUUACUACGGCACCUCGGGUCCGUCCAUAUACCUACUACCUCGUACCUACCUACCUACACUCUACCCGCCCUCCUCCAGCAUUCAGACCCAUACCAUACAUUCCUCCCAUUCCCCGACAUACUCGGUUUGUUUACAGGCACUCACCACCAGACAACCCGUUGCCCUCUUCGACCGAAUUGGCAGAUCACUGCAACUUGAGUUGCGUGGUUGGAGCUGAUAGCUCGAGAAGACGCGAAUCACGACCUAGAUACCCACGAUCGAUCUUCAGAUACUAUGAGUGCUUGAACCAGUCAGUCGCCGUCAACCAUGAACAAUUCGUCGCGGAUGUAUGUGCCAGCGCAGAACCAAGAGGAGGAGCCGCCGGCGUACAGUUAUGGCUCCGGAAACUACGACUCCCCUCCGCCCGCUGCGCGUCACACCGGGGCCACCAUGCGGUUGCUUCCUACAAGUACAGGCAUGGAGAGUGAUUUGAGUGCCGAGACGGGAGCUACUUCGGAAUACCACUAUGGGGACUCCUACGACGAUGGC